AGGGCAGCGGCGGCCGCGGGCUCAGCAGCGGGGUUGGGCCCAUGGCGGCGGCGACGGCGGUGGCGGCGGGCGGCGGGCCCGCGGCGGGGGCCGAGUCGGCCGAGGGGCCCCGGGCGCCGGCGGCGGCGCUGGAGCUGUGGCUCAAUAAAGCCACAGACCCAAGCAUGUCAGAACAGGAUUGGCCAGCUAUCCAGAAUUUCUGCGACCAGGUGAACACGGAUCCCAAUGGCCCAACCCAUGCGCCCUGGCUACUUGCCCACAAGAUCCAGUCUCCACAAGAGAAAGAAGCUCUUUAUGCCUUGACGGUGCUGGAGACGUGUGUGAACCACUGUGGAGAGAAGUUCCACAGCGAGGUGGCCAAGUUCCGCUUCUUGAAUGAGCUGAUUAAAGUGUUGUCUCCAAAGUACCUAGGGUCCUGGACUACAGAAAAAGUUAAAGGAAGAGUCAUUGAAAUACUCUUUAGUUGGACAGUUUGGUUUCCAGAAGACAUCAAGAUCCGAGAUGCCUAUCAGAUGCUGAAGAAACAAGGAAUAAUAAAGCAAGACCCUAAACUACCAGUGGAUAAAAUCUUGCCCCCGCCUUCUCCCUGGCCCAAGAGCUCCAUCUUUGAUGCUGAUGAAGAAAAGUCAAAGCUUCUGACAAGGCUUCUGAAGAGCAACCACCCUGAGGAUCUUCAGGCUGCAAACCGGCUGAUCAAGAAUUUGGUCAAGGAGGAACAAGAAAAAUCAGACAAGGUGUCCAAGAGAGUCAGCGCUGUGGAGGAAGUACGGAGCCAUGUGAAGGUGCUGCAGGAUAUGCUGAGCAUGUACCGCCGGCCGGGGCAGGCCCCACCCGACCAGGAGGCCUUGCAGGUUGUGUAUGAAAGGUGUGAAAAGCUUCGGCCCACCCUCUUCCGGCUGGCGAGUGACACCACUGACGACGACGAUGCUCUUGCGGAGAUUCUCCAGGCAAAUGACCUCCUUACCCAGGGAGUUCUGCUGUACAAACAGGUGAUGGAGGGCCGUGUCAUCUUUGGGAACACCAUGACCAGCUCACUGGGAGACAUACCUGUCUCCAGAGUCUUUCAGAAUCCAACAGGCUGCAUGAAGAACUGUCCCCUAAUUGACUUGGAGUUGGACAAUGGAUCUGAGCAAGCUGGGACUGUGGCACCAUCUUUACUUCAUCAGGACCUGGCAUCCUUAGGACUCAGUGAUGUUCCAGUUACCACCAAGGUUGCCGGUCAGAACUGCUGCGAGGAAAAGAAGAACCCUGCCGCCAGCACGCUGCCAGGUGGUGGUGCUCAGAGCCCUUCCGCAGAGAGGAACUUGUUGGAUCUCCUCUCCCCACAGCCAUCUCCAGGUCCUCUGAAUUAUAUUCCACAGAAAAGUAUCCCCAAGGAAGUGCCACCAGGUACUAAGUCCUCUCCAGGUUGGUCCUGGGAGGCUGGCCCACUGGCUCCUUCCCCGUCUUCCCAGAAUACACCUCUGGCUCAAGUCUUUGUCCCUUUGGAGUCUGUUAAGCCCAGCAGCCUGCCUCCUAUCAUCGUGUAUGACCGGAAUGGAUUUAGAAUUCUGCUCCACUUUUCCAAGACUGCGGCCCCUGGCCACCCAGAGGUGCAGGUGUUGCUGUUGACCAUGAUGAGCACUGCCACCCAGCCUGUAUGGGACAUCAUGUUUCAGGUGGCUGUGCCAAAGUCAAUGAGAGUGAAGCUGCAGCCGGCAUCCAGCUCCAAGCUUCCUGCCUUCAGUCCUUUGAUGCCUCCAGCCGUGAUCUCUCAGAUGCUCCUGCUUGACAAUCCACACAAAGAGCCCAUCCGGUUACGGUAUAAGCUGACAUUCAACCAGGGCGGACAGCCUUUCAGCGAAGUAGGAGAAGUGAAAGACUUUCCAGACCUAGCAGUCUUGGGUGCAGCCUAACUUUUCAUAAGACAGACCCUGCCAUUCAAGCUUAGGCCAACGUUACUUUUGCUGUCUAGAUAGGUCUAAUCACGGUAACUUAGUGCAGAGUGCCAAGAGUUUAUCCUGACAUCAGGCUCUGGAUGCCAACCUCUGACUUAUUCUGCAGAUACUGUUUGUGUGUGUGUGUGUUGUGGGGGCGGGGGGUGUUGAAGGGAGGGUAGAGCAGGGCUUGGGAUGUGGGCAGUGUGGGAAAUGCUAAAGCAUUUCUGAUAACCAUCUGCUACAAUCGUAUCUGUUUCUGCAUGUUGGUGGACGCUGAUGUCCCUGCCUCAGGUUGGUUUUAUAAGCCAAAGUUGUUGUUGUUUUUUUUCAUCUCUUGUUAUCUUUUCAUUCAUCCACUCUGUGCCUUGUCAGCCUUUGAAAGUCUUGGUUGCUCCCAGGCUGCUGUUCUCAGGGACCUUAAAAGGGACCUGGUUGGUCUUGGGGCAGAGAGUGUCUUCUGGGGCACUCUCUUCCAAGAAAGACCUUGUCUCCAUUUCCAUUAGAGAAUGCUGCUUGCGUGUGUUCAGGAAGAUCUUCUAAAUGGAAUGCUUGUUGCACUGUUUUCCAGGCGACGGGCUGCCGCUAGACCAGAGGACCACAACUGGUGGGCCAAUCAUGUCCUUCACCACUGUGCCUUAGAAUCACCCAUAUAUGGACCCUCCAGGGCAGAGGGAAGGCAGAUCCCAGGCCUUAUUCAGGCCUCAGGUUUCAUGGGUUGGGCAGCCUGUCUGGGCCUUACUCAGGACCCUCAUCUCCAUCCUCAUCCUCUUUUUCCACAAUUGUUUACUCGGAGUUCUUUGAUUGUGACACCGUGCCAGUCAUUGUAAAUCAUAAUGAACAGGUUCUCCCUUGCCUGUUGACUUCACAAUCCCAGAUGAAGAACUGUGAUGUAAAGAGAUAUGAAAAGAGCUUAGCAGUGAUUUCAGUGGUGAUUAAAUAUAGAAAGUCAUUGAAUAAAUACCCAUGUAGCAAAUAUUCUUUGUGGAGUUUUGAGUAAGUAGGAGAUGCAAAGCCCCUUGCAUUAGAGAUGACGGCCUAAAGGGAACUGUUGUCGAUUGAGGAAGUAGGGAAGACUUCAUGAAGGCUGUGGAAGACAGGAGCCUCAGUGAAGAGAGAAGCCCUGAGGAUCUGAGCGAAGCCGGAAGAGAGCUGGAUUUCUGUUACAUUUGUGGUUUGAAGGGAAAAUUCAGGUUUAUAAUCAAUUAAUACUUAGCACCUACUGUGUGCCAGAUACUUUGUACAGGUUUUGCAAGUUGUGCGUGGCCUGAUUGGUUGGAGAAGGAAGCUGAGCCUGGCUGAGAUGGCCUGAUGAAGGACUGUGAAAUCCGAGCAGCCCACCUGUCUGGGCAGAAUUCUGCCUCAGAAGCUGCAAGGCUCUGUUUGGGGCUCUUUGUCACAAAAUGUGGUACUUUACAGUCUGAUCCUUCGCUUUCUACAUAAAGUUGGAAAUCCACCAAUGCUAAUUUGUGGGGAUGGGAGCUGUAAAAGAUCAUCAAGUUAUGCUAAUUUUUGAGCAAAUGUGAAAAAUCAUAAAACAGAUAAAUGAGGUGAUUUCUUCA